UUUUGCAGAUGGUCGCAUGCAGUUGGACACAUGGAGGAGAUGAUUUUCGCAGUAUCCUCAAAACCGUGUCUUUUUGACACAACUGCUGACAGCUACAGGGAUAUAAACACAAAAAACGCUGCUUGGAGACAAGUGUCCACGAUAGUAGGAUUGCCAGGUCAGUUUAGUAGUGAAGUUGUGCUAGAUGUGGCUAGUUAACAUUAGCUAGCUAGCUAACCUCGCUUGCUAACCUCGCUUGCUAACCUCGCUUGCUAACCUAGCCAAUGAGGUGUGUGUGUGAAAAAAAGUCAUAAAUUAUGCUAGUUACUACUCCUGAUAACUUUACCAAAUAAUCAUGUUUGAAAGAGUGUGAGUGUGUAUGUCAGAUAAAUAGUAAUAGAAAUGGUAGAUACUACUGUACCACUGAUAAUUUGGUCAGAUAACCGUGUGUGUGUGUGUGUGUGUGUGUCAGUAGGUGACAUGUUCAUGAUAGCUAUCUAAUAACUAUAGUUAUGCUAGGUAAUGGUUUGGCUUAUCAUGCUAAUGUCUAUGUAGAAGAAGAUUUUAGGAGGAAGUGGAGAGGACUCAGGGACAGGUAUCAGAGAGAGAGAAGGGCAGAGAAAGAGAAGAAGAGGUCUGGGUCAGCAGCUUCAGGCCAGCAGCCUUGGUGCUUCUGCCACAGUCUUUCUUUUCUGGAUCCAUUUAUUGUGCCUAUGGCAACGAGUGGCAAUUUUACAGCCAGACCCUCUACUACGUCAUCCACAAGUGUUGUCGCCACCGGUGCAUCAAGACCCUCAACGUCAUCUACAAGUGCGACCAUCGCCUCCACCGGUGCAGCGAGACCCUCUACAACGUCUACAUCAUCCACAAGUAUGACCACCACCGGUGCAGCCAUGGAAGACGAUGAAAUGGAGAAAGCACCUCUGGAUCUAGGACCACCUGAGAUUAUUAUGAACCUCACGGAAGUGACCACUGAGGACCUCGUUGAACAGGAUGUGGCCAUGGAGACAAACGAGGAGAGAAACAGAAAGAGAAACGAAGAGGAACAACGUCACACCAGGCGUCAGAGGUACCAGCCCCCAGACCCACUGAAUUCAUUUCAGCAGAGGCUCCUCCAAGCCGUCGAGAGGGAUGCAGCCCAACCUGAUGCUCACAUGAAGGAGGAUGAAGAGACCCUCUUUGCCAUGAGCCUGGUGCGAACACUGAAGAGGCUGCCUCAGCAAAGAAAAGCAGCAGUCAAGUUUAAAAUGUAUAAGCUGCUUUUCGAAGCCGAGUUCAAUGAGAUGGAGUCAAUUUAGCCGACCAGCUCACAAGAAGGACAGGAAGAGGAGAAGAGUUGUCUUGUUGUUGUUUUGACCCCCCCCCCAUUGUACCUUUCUUUUCACACAAGUCAGUUCCGUUUAAAUUCAGUCAAUUCAUAAAGUCAUUUGUUUAUAAAGUCUUAGGAUAG